GUCACGUGAAUAACACUGGCUUCUUCACUCAGCGUCAAACACGCAAAUAUCACCUUUCUUCGUAUUUCUCUGCUUUUUUUGUAUUUAUUUUUGUGAGAUUCGCUAUCGUAAACGUCCCCAGACAUGGAAUACCUCCAUACGGCUGUGCCGUAAAGCUUGUUUUUUGUAAAUAACGGGUGUUUUGUUGCGGAUACCUCAGCUCAGCUGAGCUUGUUUCCAUAGAAACGGUAGUGCUAACGGAUGCUAAGCUGAUUUAUACACAGCUCUGUGCUUUAUGAAACGACUGAUUAUGAAAGAUUUUUAAUGUUAUGAAAGCGACGUAGCUCCUCUGUUUGGACAUGAUGUGAAAUUAUUGCAGAAGAUCCCCUGUAGAGAAGAGCUGAUCACACCCCUGAGAAGCGAUGUCUCAGUUCUCCAGCGAGGAUGAGGCAGAGCUCCAGAGCCUGCUGCGAGAGCUCCUGAAAAGUGUCAAAGACAGAAUCUCAGGAGCACCGUCGGUGGAAUGUGCUGAGGAGAUUUUGCUUCAUUUGGAGGAAACUGACAAGAACUUUCACAACUACGAGUUUGUGAAGUAUCUGCGGCAGUAUGUGGAGAGCAGCUUAGGAGCUGUUAUUGAAGAAGAGACUGAGAAUUUCACAAGGGGUGACGGUCAUGCUAUUGGGACAGGACAGGACACCCUGGUUCACGCUGUUACGAAGAGGACUAGGGAGUCCGCAAAGUAUAAACAGAUGAUGCAGACUCUGAAACAGACCAUGAUGGUGGUAGUGGAAUCACUGAUCAAUAAAUUUGAGGAAGAUCAGCUAAAGAAAGAGGAAAUGGACAGGAAGAGCCAACAUGAGCAGUCAAGCAGCCAUUACACUGACAACUGCUCUGACAGUGACUCUUCAUUCAAUCAGAGCUAUGCCUUUAUCAAGCAUGAGCAACUGCAAGUCAUCGCUGAGAAGCUCGACCCCAGUAGACCUCGAGAGGUUCGUUUGGAAGCUUUGCAGUCUUUAUGCUACGCCCCUCCCUCUGACGUCCUGAGCUGUGAAAGCUGGACUGGUCUGCGUCGAAACCUCUCUGCUGCGCUCACUGACCCUGACCCUGAGCUCAGCGAUAAAGUCCUCCAAUUUUUUGCGAAAACUUUUUCGUCUUCUCCUUUAAAUGUGACUAAGGAUAUCUACAGUAGCAUAGCUAAAAGCUUGGAGGCUCAUUUCCUCUACCAUAAGUUGAGUUUUCCCAGCGGCUCUACAAGUAUUGAUGCGAAUAGACCAGAUAUGGCCCGUCUCCUCAAGCAGAUGCGAUUAAUGAAUGACUUUCAGAAGGAAGUGACAACAUUUUGGAUACGACAUCCUGAGAAGUACAUGGAGGAAAUCAUUGAGAACACCCUUUCUCUUCUCGCUCUGCAUUCUGAACAGGGCAUGAGCAGCCCCGGUUCAGAAAAAUCCCUAGAGCCUAUACACUUAAUCUCUCUGCUAGAUAUCAAAGCCACCUGGUUUAAGAAAUGGAUGCAUGGAUACUACAGCAGAACCGUUGUCUUAAGACUUCUUGAGAGGAAAUAUAAGUCUUUGAUUGUUAAUGCUCUGCAGCAGUGCAUUUAUUACUUCGAUUCCUGUGAUUCAGUUAGAGAAGAAACUUUGGAAAUUAUCCACAGCCUGGAACAUCAGCAGAUUGGCCCUGCUCGGAGAACUCUCUACACUUCUAAAGAGCUGGAGUUUGUUUAUUUCGUUCACUCGCUGUGCGUGCUCGGGAGGCUUGUGAUGUACACUAAUGGAAGGAAACUUUUUCCCAUUAAAGUGAAGAAGCGGAGAGAUCCAGUAACCUUGACUGACUUGGUUGUGAUUCUGAUCAAUAUCAUGUACCAACACCCAAAACCGUCCUGUGUUGAGACAACACAUGCAGACUCCCUGUCCCCCACUAAUCUUGUGAUGGAGGUAUUAAGGACCCUGUGUGACCGCACCGAGUGUGCUGUGGAGUGUCUCUACAAAAUCCCUCUUAUAGAAACUCUGCUGGCUCCUGUUAUUACCCUGCUCAAAGGAAAGCUGCCCAAAUUAAAUUCCCUAGAAAGUGCCUUGACUCACACAGCAGACACACUGGCGAGGAUCGCUACCACUGAACGAGGUUUAUCACUCCUGCUUUAUGACAGAAAUCUCGUCUCGGCCGAGGGUGAAAGUAUUUCAGCAGCACAUGUAAUUGUGCAGUUUACCCAGAGGCUGUUGGCAAAAGAGCUGCAUGUGUUCAGCGAGCUAGAGAUUCCUCCUGCUGUGAGCGGGGCCUUCAUCUUCGUCUGCCGGCAGAUGUACAACACCUGCGAGGGCCUGCAAGUUCUACGGCCAUACAGCCUGCACGAGUGCAUUGCUAAAGCCUGGAGAACGACAAGCUCGAUGUCGGAGAGAGUUCCCACUCCUGUUCCUGGAGCUCCCCCAGCGAUGGCUUCCCAGGAGCUGCAGAGCGUGGCGGCCUGGGAAGAGAUGCUGUUGGACAAUCUGCUGAAUUUUGCUGCCACACCAAAAGGACUGCUGCUCCUCCAACAGACUGGAGCCAUCAAUGAGUGUGUCACCUACAUGUUCUCAAGAUUCACCAAAAAACUACAGGUCAGCAGGUGUGAAAAGUUUGGUUAUGGUGUGAUGGUGACCCAGGUGGCCACUACAGCCCCAGGCAUCGCGGCCUUGCAAAGCUCAGGAUUUGUCCAGACAAUUGUGGUGGAGCUGUGGUCAGCUUUAGAGUGUGGUCGAGAGGAUGUAAGGGUGGUCCAUCCAAAAUCUACUCCAAUGGACCCUAUCGACAGGAGCUGCCUCAAGUCCUUCCUCUCUCUAGUAAAUCUGCUUUCUUCACCUCACGCCGUGUGGGAGCUGCUGGGACAUCGAGCGCUUCCUAACAAAGCCGAGUACAAUCUAAGAGAGAUGGCCACAUCAGUUUUGGACCUGAUGGACCGCCUCAUCAUUAUUAACUCUGACGCGAAGAUUCACUCCCUCUUCAACUAUGAGCAAUCCCACACGUUUGGCCUGAGGCUCUUGAGCGUGCUGUGCUGUAACCUGGAUUCUUUUCUUCUGCUGGAGUCUCAGUAUAACCUCUCUGAGUUACUGCUGCAGGGUCAGAGGGACAAUGUUACCGAGCCGCCCUCAGGUGAAGGGGAGUUCAUCAUCGAUGGACUGUCUGUGGAAAGAAACCAUAUCCUGGUUCGAAUUGGUACAGUUGGUGGCCCCUAUGAGAGGAGACUUCCUUCAAGAGCCCUGCAGAAAGGGAAUGACCCUUACCCAUGGCCAAUAGUGUCUACAUAUCCUCUUCCUAAGUAUUACAUCCUAGACGUGCCCAAGACUCUCCGCACUAAACAGGAGUCAGAGAUCAGUGCUUUCUUGGCCUCGUCUAAAGAAACAGAGAGAGAUGCUAGCUGGAUGGAUGACUGCAGGAGACAGUUCUGCAAGAUCAUGGCUACAAAGUCAAAUAUUCUUACUGGAUAUGUGCUUGCUGAUCUGUUGGAGAGGGUCGUGCUGCAUCUCUCGUCUUCAUCCACCGACUGCUUCUUUCCACCGGCAGAAUAUAAAGUGGUGGACCACAGUGUAAAGACUCGAAGCCUGUCGUCUGUGGAGCAGUUAGGUGUGGGGAUAUCCCUCAGGUAUGGCAAGUUCCUGAAGCUAUUGAGAGAAGAUUCAGAGCAGGAUCUGUGUCUUCUGCUCAAGCACUGUCAGGAGUUCCUCUCUCAACAACGAGUCAAUGUCACUUCCGAGCUCUCCUGUUUUCAAGGUGGUUAUCCUGGUCACGAUUGGUUUGCCUCCACAGUUUUUCUGCUCAUGCACGGCGACGUGGGUCGUUCUCUGAGUCUGCUUUUGCGUUUCUCCCGUCUGCUGCCGUCUGCCUUCCUGUGGCCUCCGAGACUACAUAGCUCUGCACAUCUCCCUAUAGAGAUUGCUCAGUCGGGCAUUCAUCCCAUCUACUCCUGCACUGCUCAUUACGUCGAGAUGCUGCUCAAGGCCGAAGUUCCUCUGGUUUUUUCUGCCUUCAGGAUGUCUGGCUUCACUCCCUCUCAGAUCUGUAUUCAGUGGCUCGGCCAGUGCUUCUGGAACUACUUGGACUGGCCUGAGAUCUGUCACUAUGUGGCUACGUGCGUCAUCAUGGGACCAGAUUACCAGGUGUACGUGUGCAUCUCUGCCCUCCGUCACCUGCAGCAGGAUAUCCUGCAGCACACACAGACACAGGACCUGCAGGUCUUUCUUAAGGAGGAACCAAUCCACGGCUUCAGGGUGAGUAAUUACCUGGAGUACAUGGAGGGGCUGGAGCGCAACUACAGAUCCAUGGUGCUCUCGGACAUGAGGAGCAUCUUACCGAGGACCAGCUAGAGGAAAUAGACCACUGAAGAUCCAGGGACUGAAAAGUGCUUGUGGUACAGAAUCAGACUGAAAAUGAUGCAUGGGUUUAAAGCUGUUUUUAUAACACAACAUGCUCGAUAUGUGAAGAGGACACUGUUUUAUCAAACACCAUGUUGAAUAUAUCCCAUUUCAGUCUCUUUGAUUUUUUGGGGAUUCUUAUACUGAAGUAUUCUCACUCAGGGAAUCAUACAUAUAAGAACACAAACCAUAUUGCCACUCAAUCGGAUGUAUAAAACAUAGCAAAUAAGUAACUGUAGUGCAAAAUGAUGUGCAUAAAGGAUGAUAAAGCAAACCUUUCUACAUAAGUGUUAUCAAACUUCUCAACAAAAUGUACCUCUUCUUAAACAGAAUUCUGGAAUACUGAAUUCUGAUUCUAUAUAUUUGACCACUGCAUAUGUGAGUGCAUAUGUGUGUGUAUACAGAUAUAGAUAUACAUGUACAUCACAAAUUGUUAGAUUUUUAUGCAGUCUGAAAUUUAUAGAAACCCAUUUCUGCCACUAAAAAAAAAAAUUAAAAAGGUAAUUGCAACUUUUUAUCUAAUUCUGACUUUUUUUCUCGCAAUAUCUCAAAAUCCUAGAAAAAAAUGUAAUAUUUAAAAUACAUUUAUUUCAUACUAAGUAUGAAAGAUAUUACAUUUAAUGUACCUAAAGUACACUUUCAAUAGUUCCACUUUAGCACAAUACCUUUAGGUGAACUUAAGCAGUACUUUCGCAUUAUUAAAGUGCAUUAACUACAAAAUUAGCUGUCCCAAUUUAGCAGACUUUAAGUAUACCAGUUUAUUAAACUAUAAGUACAAUUUCAGGGUAUUUUAUUAAAGGGUUACUCCACCCCAAAAUGAAAAUUUUGUCAUUAAUCACUUAUCCCCAUGUCAUUCCAAACCCAUAAAAGCUUUGUUUGUCUUUGGAAGCUUCAUAGCUUCGUAAAAUAAUGGUUGAACCACUGAUGGCAGAUGGACUAUUUUGACAACAUCUUUCAUACUUUUCUGGGUUUUGACAGUGUUAUUUACUUGGCAGUUAAUGGGACAGUCACAAACCUUCCGGUUUUAUCCAAAAUAUCUUAAACUGUGUUCCAAAGAAGAACGACGUUUUUACAGUUUUGGAACAUGGCGGUACGUGAUUAAUGACAAAAUUUUCAUUUUGGGGUGGAAUAACCAUUUAAGUGCAUAAAUAUGUAAAUGUAUUUGUAGUAUACUUAGCAUUAAUUAAAUGUUUUUCAAAUACAUUUUAGUAUAUUUAUUUUUCACUGGGGAAUUCUAACUUAAUAAAUCACAAUUGUGUGCUAUAAAGUCAGAAUUGCAAGAUAUAAACUGGCAAUUCUGAGAAAAAAACUCAGUUUCAAGGUAUGAACUCACAGUUCUGACUUCAUUUCUCAGAAUUGCAACGUUAUUUUAAAAUUGUUUUUAUCUUGGAAUUGUGAGAUAUAAACUCGCAAUAAAUUGCAAGUUAUAACAUCCAUUUCUGAGGAGGAAAAAAAUUCUCAGAAUUGCAGGUUUAUAUCUCACAAUUGUGUUAUGAAGUCAGAAUUUGGUCAAACUUGCAAUUCAGAAAAAUUUCACUGUUGCGAAAUAUAAACUCGGUUCUCAAUUCUGAAAAAAAAAAGUCAAAAUAGCAACUUUAUUUCUCAGAAUUGCAAUUGUAAUUCUGAGGAAAAAAUCAGAAUUGCACGUUUGUAUCUAGCAAUUCUGACUAUUACUUGCAACUGUGAGUUUAUGUCAUGCAGUUCUGAGAAAAAAAGUCAUAAUUGUGAGUUCACUUCCCACAUUCUGACUUUAUAUCUUUAUAACGCAAUGCUGUGAAAGAAAAAUCGCAAUUACUUUUUAAAUUUUUAGUUAGCGGCAGGAAACAGGCUUCCAUAGAAGUAAGACCACUGAUGUUUAAAAAGUUGUUUUUACUUUUGCCCAAGAUUUCAGUGGGCUCAUAUUGUACAGUCUAACAAGCAGCAUUUUUAGAAGCUUUAGACACAUCUACCUUUGUUCUGUGAAUUUUCAUGGGCCUCGCAACAGGUUCAAAUUGGUCACGAGUCUGCAAUGUCUGAUAGAAAGCUGCUUGGUUUAAAUGUGACUUCUGUAUGAGCUGUCUUUCCUACAUCGAUUCUCAACACUAUUGACAACAGAUAAUCAACCUUUUUUGCCCAAAACUUCAGUGCUGAAGUUUCAUGAAGGUUCAUGAGUCAUUUUGCAGUAAAUGACAUCAGUAAAUAUGAAAAAUUCAAAGCUUUUGAUGCUUGAUUGCUGUCUUAAUGGACAAUCAAACAUGAAGUACGUGUGAUCUAGCAUAUCAACACUUGAGUAUACAAUGACUCACAAGUCGUUGACGUGGCCUUGUUGUGUAGUCGGUGUUGUUUUUUUUUUUCUUCUAAAGGCAUAUAUUAACAUCUGCAGUCUCCUAUUCCCAUCCUAAGGAAGCUGUAUAGAGAGGCGGUAUCACGUUGACAGGCCAUCAUUAGCACAUAGAUGCAAUCUCUCACCCUCGCCAUCUGUAACUCACACAGUGAAUAAUGAAUUAGAUCAUUAGAGAGGUGUCUUUCUCCUUCACAACAACUGCUAAAUAUUGCAUACUGUUUACUCAGUAGGAGGCAGAAGCAGUUAUAAUUUUAAGCUGUAAAAAGUUCUCUCAGAGUGCAUAUUUUUUACUUACUUGCUCCAUUGCGUUUAAAAAAAUUAUCACCCAUAACUUCCAUGUAUAUUCUCGGAUAAAAAAAAUACUGCUUUAAAAUCCAUUGUGCAUCAUCAGUUAAUGUAGUCAUAAUGAGCUGUACACAUUAAUCAGGUUAAUGAUUUAAUGACUGAUUGUUGGCCAACAGUGAUCUGGAAAGCCGAAGUGUGUCUUGUGUUGGCUCAUUGUAAAUUGACAAUACAAGCUUUUUGUGACGUGGAUGUUGCUGAUGUAUCUGCAGACCAAAAUGGUAGGAUAAUUAUAAAAGGACAAUUAUGGGUAAUUAAACUGAUUAACUGAUAAUUAAGACCUAUCUGUCUCUGUAUUAGGCUUGAACAGUUGCAUUAGCUUGAUUUUCUCUGGUAAAUAUGCUUUAUUAUUCUCCUUCACAUUAAUUAUCCCCGUUAUGACUGCCAAAUUCCACUUUCUGAAGAAUCUGCCUGAUGAAUGGGAGAAAGUCAUUUGAAAGUGAGCAUCACUAUCCCUUACUUACUGAAAAGCACUUGAAAUGAGUAAUCUGAAGCGUGCAGGGCGCUAAGAAUCAUUCACACCAAGGACAAUAACUAGAAAGUUUUAAUAAUUGUCUAAUUCUAUAAUAAUAGUCCACACCACAGAUAAUGACACAGAAGUACUGUAUCAUUGGAAUCAUUUUCAGAACAUUUUUUUCAGCUGAUGAACAAUAAAAACAUUGACUCUCAGACUCUCAGAAUUCACCCAACUUUAAAGAGCUCAGAUAUUUAAAUCAGAUGAUUACUUUAGUGCACGCUUAUAAUAAACAAUGAUAUUGUGCAACUAACUUACACUAACAUACACCUCUAAUGGUGUGUACAUACCAAAAGCAAAUGUGAUUAUUCAUGUGAGUAGAUUACAUACAAAUGCAAUGCAAAGACGCGAAUAGACGUGAAUUCACAUGGCGCUUUACCACCCAAGCCAAUCAGCGUAUAACUUGUUGACACAUCCAGUUUGACACGUCUGGUUGUAUCAGAAAAUGGAGGAAACCAUUAUGUGAUGACUUUACUCGAGCGAGUGACACGGAAAACAUCCCGUGAGUAAACUAGUGCGAUAACGCAGUGUGAAUAUUCGCUUUGCACACCAAAAGCGAAUGUAUUUAUUUGCAUGAGUGCAAUGCAAAGAUGCAAAUUCACGUCAGGCAACGUGAUUGCUACCAACAUGCGAUAUCGCGCCUUCUGCGCAAGUUGAAAAAUUUCAACUCAAGUGGAAAAUUUGCAUGAAAUCUUUAGGCAAUGAUUUUAUUAGGGCUGUCAAAUGAUUAAUCGCAAUUAAUCGCAUACACAAUAAAAAAUUAUUAUGCAUAUAUAAAUACAAGCACAUUCAUGUAUAUAUUUAAGAAAUAUUUACAAGUAUAUGUAUUUAUUAUAUUUUUUAUAGAAUUUAUAUUAUAUAUUAUAUUAGGGCUGCAACGAUUAAUCGCACGAUGUCGUGAGGCGCGUUUAGUCAAUGAAGCCGGUACUUUGAUUAGUAGUAAAGCUCCAUCACGGGCGUUCAGCUGGAGCGGCAAGUAAUACACAGAGCCGUAAAGCACUGACAAGCUACGCCAAAUCGCGCGCAAAAUCGAAUUCGCUUAUAUAUUAUAUAUAAUUAUAAUAUUUUGUACAUAACAUAUUUCUCUUAAACAUAUACAUUAAUUUGUGUGUAUUUAUAUAUACAUAAUAAUUACACACAGUACACACACAUAUGUUAGGCAAACUCAAACUUUUAUCUUGUAUGCGAUUAAUUGCGAUUAAUCAUUUGACAGCCCUAGAUUUUAUUUACACGAGUGACAUAAAAAACAUCCCGCAAGUGAACUAGAGUGAUAAUGCGAUGAGAAUAUUCACUUACUGUUUGGUGUGCUCACAGCAUAAUGAUGUAAGCCUACCAAAAGCAAAUUUAAUUGUUUGAGUAGUACACACAAAGUCAAUGCAAGGUCUUGAAUUUGCGGCAAAGGCUUGAACGUGCGCUAUUGCGUCUUCUGUGCAAGUUGAAAAUUUGCAUGGCGCGUUGUCACACAAGCCAAUCAGCGAAGAACUUACUGACACGUCCACGUUUGCUUGUAUCAGAAAAUGGAGUAAAGCAUUGUAUGAUGAUUUUAUUCGUGCAAGUGACACGAGAAACAUCCCGCGAGUAAUCUAGAGUGAUAAUGUGAAUAAUUAAAUUUGCUUUUAGUGUGCACACAACCAUUACGCUAUAUCGCGCCUGGCAUAACACGUUGUUGCGCAAACCAAUUAGUGAAGAACUGACAUUUCCAGUUUGACACAUCCCAUUGUAUCAGAAAAUGGAGAAAAGUAUAGCGUGAUUUUAUUCAAAUGAGUGACACGAAAAUCAUCUCGUGAAUAAUCUAGAGCAUAAGACAUAAAUCCCUGUAUUUACUGACUGGUUGUUUAUAUUGCAACAUGUAUUUAAAGAUAUACAUGAGUUUUGCCAGUAGUAUUUUAUAAAAAAUAAAAAAAGUUAAUCAUA